GCCGGCCACCGGGCCCUGGGGUCACCCGGCUUCCGCCCCUCUCUACUUGGUCUUCAGGCACCGCCCCCUCGUAUGACGUCACCAGCUCGGAGGGGCCAGGUCCUUUCUAGAUGACGUUGCGUGGCCCCGCCCACCGCCUUGUGACUCCACAGAGCCCGCGGCCCCGCCCCCUUUUGCUCCGGGGACUCUUCUCGCCGCGCCCCGCAAGGGGCGGGGGCGUUGCGAUGAAGCGGGGCGGCAAGCAAAGGCUGGCCCUUGGUGGAGCAGGUGAGGCGGGACCAGAUGGGAAGACAGAAAGACCCCUGGUUCCAGCCUGUCCCAGGUGCCGGCCGGGACGGCUCCAACGCCACCUCCUGAGCGGCGAGUUCGACCAGCUGCGCGACUUCCCCAUCUUUGAGAGCAACUUUGUGCAGGUAACCCGACUGGGAGAAGUCGCCAACAAGGUCACCAUGGGGGUUGCAGCCUCCAGUCCCGCCCUGGAACUCCCCGACCUGCUGCUGCUGGCAGGCCCCGCCAAGGAGAACGGACACCUGCAGCUCUUUGGGCUGUUCCCCCUGCAGUUCGUCCAGCUCUUCGUGCACGACGAGGGCCGCUGGCAGCUCAAGGUCAAGCUCCGCACGGGCCGCUCCUUCUACCUGCAGCUGCGGGCCCUGCCGGAGACCGGCGACCGCGAGUUCGGCCAGUGGGUGCGGCUGCUCUACCGCCUGCGCUUCCACUCGCCCCAGGAGGACUCGGCGCUCGAGGACCGCGAGGAGGAAGAGGCGGCGGCUGGGGGGCGGGGCCAGAAGCCUCCAGCCAUGGAAGCCAGACUUGACCCAAAGGUCUCAGAACUCUGGGGACUGUGAUUCUCCAAAUGUCCUUCCAGUUCACCAAAGGACCAAAGAGGAAAAUGCCCUCUCUCGGGGCAGGACAGAUGAAUCAAUAAAGUGAAUAAAGCUUGGCCAACGACGAGCCACCAACCAGGUGUCUCGCCAUGUCACCCACCCAAGACGCCACCGGCCUCCGCCCCAGCGUGGUCCUCGGUCCUCCGUGGCUGCCUCCCCGGGCGCAUGCCACGCAGCGGCCGCUGCGCAACCAGGUGGCCUCACCCGCGCGGCCGUGGGUUCCACCUUGACCCCGGGGAGUUGCCUCAUAAAGUCGCUGUUGCAAGAUGGCUGCCUCCA